AUGGUGAACAUAGAAAAUCCCAGGACGAAGUAUACUGAACUGGAAAAUAUUGGCAGUGGGACUUUUGGGGAGGUUUGUAGAGCACUCGACACUGCCACAGGAGGAGAGGUGGCCAUAAAGAAAAUAAAUCUCCAAGGACUGAGGAAGAAGGGACUAAGAGUCAAUGAACUCAUGGUCCUGAAGAAGAAUAGGAAUCCCAAUGUGGUUACCUGUUUAGACAGCUACCUUGUGGAUGAGCAAUUGUGGCUGGUGAUGGAGUACAUGGACGGAGGCACUCUGAGUGAUGUUAUCAGCCAGACCCACUUGUCUGAAGAUGAGAUGGCAGCCAUCAGUCGGGAGUGCCUACAAGGACUGGAUUUUCUUCAUUCGAAUCAUGUGAUCCAUCGAGAUGUGAAGAGCUGCAACAUCCUUCUCGGAAUGGACGGCUCUGUCAAGCUGGGUCAGUGUAUUCUUGGUUAGGUUCAGCCUUC